AUGAAGUUCAUCCAAACUGACCAAAUACUUGACGUGCCUGAAGGAGUCACUGUCGAUAUCAAGGCCCGAAUUGUUACUGUUACCGGUCCUCGUGGUACUCUGACUAAAAAUUUGCGCCAUGCGGAUGUCACCUUUGUGAAGGUCAACAGCAAACAAAUUAAAAUCACAGUUCACCAUGGUGACAGAAAGCAUGUUGCUACCCUUCGAACUGUUAAAUCUCUUGUUGCCAACUUGAUCACUGGUGUUACAAAGGGUUAUAAAUACAAGAUGAGAUAUGUCUAUGCACACUUUCCCAUCAAUGUUAACCUCCUUGAUAAUGGUAAAGUUGUCGAGAUUAGAAACUUCCUGGGUGAGAAGCGCGUCAGAACUAUCAAUGUGCUUGAGGGUGUUACUGUGUCGAUUUCAACUGCCCAAAAGGAUGAGCUAAUUCUUGAGGGUAACUCACUCGAAAACGUUUCACAGUCUGCUGCUGACAUUCAACAAAUCUGCCGUGUUAGAAAUAAAGAUAUUCGUAAGUUCUUGGAUGGUAUUUAUGUUUCUGAGAGAGGUACCAUUGAAGAAGAUGCUUAA